AUGGCGCAACAGUGGCUUGGCGGCGCCGACGUCUCACUGCAAUGUGCGUUUGAACUUCGACAUCGAAGAAAGACAUCGAGAUUAACUGGGAUGGAACUGGCCACAUACUGCGCACAAGAGGAUAGUCUGCAUCUGCGUUGGCUAGAAGCUCGUCGGCGCGGGCGUCGUCCGCUGCGCAUGGCGGCGAUGGCGCAGGACAGGCUGGGCGGCUGCGACGUACGUCCGGGCGGGCAAAGGCAGGAAGAUCGAGUUGAUUCCCGACGGCUGGGGAUUUGGAUGCCGGCGAUGUUUUUCACGAAGGGCCUGGACCAGGUCGCGCUCAAGUUGGUGCGGAAGGUGAGCAGGCAGCGACGGCCUCAUGACACCGCCGGAGAAGUUCAGGAGCGGCCACGUGCUACGCGCGUCGGUGCCGCUGCGCGCCGCAUACGGGAGCACCUCCACAGCCUCCGACGUGGACAAGUCCUCGAACGCCGAGGAGGUCGAGCUCUGCAGCUGCGGCAGUUACUCCGUCGUAGGCAUCGCCCCGCCGCCGCAUGGUCGCCUUUCAUGGCUGCCACCAGCGUCGGCGGGAAUGAAUCUCCGAUGACACCCGAGGACUCCAUAGUGUAUCGUCUAGGCUGGGAAAGGUCGAGAGGGUAA